UGUAGUUAAAGUCAGUUGUUUCACAGAAAAUUUUCACACAGGAAAAUGUUCGCUAAGGCUUGGGUAGUACUAGCAGCUCUUUUAGUAACAGUCCACGGAGGAUUACUUGAUGAAGGAGGUUAUGGAGGGGCUAUAUCUUCAAUUGGAGGUUCUGGAAUUGCUCUUGCUGGAAAAGAAACUGUAAUUGAGCGGAUAGCACCUCCAAAAUACGAAUACAAAUAUGCAGUUAAAGAUCCUCACACCGGCGAUUUGAAAGAACAAUCCGAAUCUCGAUUAGACGAUUUAACAAAAAGUCAAUACUCGUUGGCCGAAAAAGACAGGAAAAUCUCCGUAUCAAGAAUUAUCAGUAAAAGCAUUCCCUUAGUGGCAAAGGGUGGAUACUCGAGUGGAUAUUAAG